UUCCUCAAAUUUUUAAGUACAAUCAACUUAUCCGGGUUUACAGUGUAGUGAGUGUAUAUGCUUCUUUUUAGGAACGACAUUUUCCACUGUUGACAAUGGUCUUCAUAAAUGCUUUGAACUCUUUAAAUACCUGUAUAAAUCUGUGAAUGGUCAGUAUCUUUCUGAUGUGAAAUCCUUGCCAUUUAGCAAAAGGUCCUUCAAUGAGUCCAGCACUCAUCAACACAGUUACUUUGAGUGUCCACAGGGGUCAUUAGUGUGGCAGGAACAUUUAAAUGAUUCAUGCAUUAUAAAUUGCCAAAUGACAAAAGAAUAACAACCUGUUAGAGAAUGUAACACUGGCAUGCUUGACUUUCUGAAGAAAAAGGGUGUUCACUUCCAUUUAACAAGAUCAUCCAUAGCCUCUUAGGAAGCAUGCAAAGAGCAUUUGAGAAAUUCUAACUUCAUCCUGAAAAUGGGAAAACUUCUGAAUCUUCAGGAGUACACUAGAGAGUUAAUGAGCUAUUUAGUGAACAUCUGGGCUGCAAGUCAUCUAAUAAAAUUCAACAAAUGUUUUAUCUAUGUGUUACACAUGUUAAUUGUACAAGAACUGAGGAUUAUUAAAGUUAUCAUCUAAUAGGAGGAAUGACAUAGGAAAACAAAAUUUACUUGCUCUACUGUUUGCAGAUGAUUUGCAUUUACAGCAUUUGGCAGACACCCUUAUCCAGAGCACCUUACAUUUAUCUCAUUUAUACAACUGAGCAGUUGAGGUUUUGAAGUAACAACCUUCUGAUCAGUAGUCCAACAUGUUAACCAUUAAGCAACCACUGCAAACCUAUGGUUGUAACAGAAAACAGCAUCACACUUAAAUAAUGCAGCAGAGAGACGCUACAAUGCCACUUAUCUGCUGGCUGCUACUGUGUCUGGAGAGAAGUGUUAUGAUCUGAUCUGAUGUGUGUGUGUGUGUGUGUGUUUUCGAAGGUGGGUGUAUCCCAGGGCAGCUGUUCUGUUUGCAAGUGUAACAGCAGCAGAAGAAGCACGCACACAAAAGCACAAAUGUGUUGCUCUCUGAUUCACAGUCUGCUCCAGCCUAGCUAUAUGAACAAAUGAAUGCUACAUGCCUGUUUUAUUUUCCAAGAGAGCUGAGUUGAUAGGUAGAAAAUGCACCUGCACCUCUAAUCAUCAUUCCCACUGCGAGGAAGCGUAGAGGGAAAGAAAUCUGCAUACAUUGUCACCCAUAUGAAAUACAAAUACAACUACCAUAAAAAUGACUGCACCAGCCCUGUUCACAGCACAAUAAGAGGAUGUCAGUCAGAGAAUUAGGGUUGAGUUUGAGGAGGCAGCCUCUCCUGAGCAUGUUUAAUGCCGGUAGCACCCCAGCCGAGAUAAAGACCAGUUGCUGUUACAUUAAAAAAAAAGGCUUUAAAGAAGUAGGGAGAAGACAUGCUGACAAGAUGGGCAAAAACAACUGAACGUGGAGAAGGGGAGGUGAGAGGACAGAGAGGGGGGUACUGAGGGAUGCUGCAUAGAGGGAGGGGAGACAGACAGAAUAGGGGAGGGAAAGAGAGUAGAAGGAGGGGAUCGAGCUGAGGAGAGAAAAAGCGAGAAAUCAGUGAACAACCAGAAGGAACAGCAUGAGACAAGGAAAAAGAAACAGGGAGACAGAGAGAUAAAGAGGGAGAAAGAGGUAGAGCAAUGGAGAACACACUAAAUCUGGCAACCAUGACAACCAAGGCAAGUGCACACCAGACACGGUGGCUAUGAAACAGGAGAACAUGGAACGAAAGAAAAUGGCAAGAGCAGCUCAGAAUGGCCACCACUAUGAAGAAGGAUACUCCUUCCCUUUAACCCAAGUAAUUUUUUGUGGAUUUUUUUCAUCCUUUUGCUUUUUUGACUGUGUAAUUCCACAUUUGCUCUUUAGUGGUGGAGAGGUGUGGGGGUGAAUGGAGUGCUUUCUGUUGCUGGCCGUCACGGAGUUCUUCCUCAUUUACAGGGAGAAAUAUGAUGAGCUUUAAGUAGAAGUAUUCGUACCUUGAUGGAGUCUGAUGGAUUCACUGAGUUGGGCUUGAACCCACUCACACCACAUGUUUCCCUUUUGGAACGAACAAGCCAAACUGGAAAUCCAAACUCAUCCUCUUCAGAACUGCACUGAAAAUCCAAAGAGGUGAACCAUGUAAAGCUAAUGUUUUUUGGCUUGCUGAGAUCUUGAGUUCUCAUGAACCCCAUGGCGCAGCUGUACUACAAGAAGGCGAGUUAUUCGCCAUACCGUGACCGGAUACCACUGCAAAUUGUGCGGGCCGAGGCUGAGCUUUCAACAGAGGAGCGUGCCUACCUAAGUGCAGUAGAGAAAGGGGACUAUGCAGGUGUAAAGAUGGCCCUUGAACAGGCUGAGAUCUAUUACAAUAUUAAUGUUAACUGUCUGGACCCGCUAGGACGCAGUGCCCUUCUGAUCGCCAUUGAGAACGAGAAUCUGGAGGUAAUGGAGCUGCUGCUGAGUCAUGGUGUGCAUGUGGGAGAUGCUCUGCUAUACGCCAUUCGCAAGGAGGUGGUGGGUGCAGUGGAGUUGCUGCUAUCCUACAGGAAACCCAGCGGUGAAAAACAGGUACCCGCACUUAUGAUGGACACCCAGUUCUCAGAAUUCACACCUGAUAUCACUCCCAUCAUGCUGGCUGCACACACCAACAAUUAUGAGAUCAUCAAACUACUUGUCCAGCGCAAGGUCACCGUACCACGGCCACACCAGAUCCGCUGUGACUGUGUCGAGUGUGUGUCCAGCUCAGAGGUGGACAGUCUGCGGCAUUCACGCUCCCGACUUAACAUCUACAAGACACUGGCGAGUCCUUCACUCAUUGCUUUGUCCAGUGAGGACCCUAUUCUUACAGCGUUCCGUCUAGGCUGGGAGCUGAAGGAGCUCAGCAAGGUGGAGAAUGAAUUCCGGCAGGAGUAUGAGGAGCUCUCACAGCAAUGCAAGCUCUUUGCUAAAGACUUGCUGGACCAAGCAAGAAGUUCCCGUGAGCUAGAGACGAUCCUCAACCACCGUGAUGACCACAGUGAAGAGUUGGACCCCCGAGAAUGCAGAGACCUGGCCAAGCUCAAGCUGGCCAUCAAGUACCACCAGAAAGAGUUUGUGGCUCAACCCAAUUGCCAGCAGCUACUGGCCACACUGUGGUACGAUGGCUUUCCUGGAUGGCGGCGACGUCACUGGGUGGUGAAGUUGAUCACAUGUUUCACCAUUGGCCUACUCUUUCCUGUCUUCUCCAUCAUCUACCUGCUGGCACCAAAGAGCACACUGGGUCUCUUUAUCAAGAAACCCUUCAUAAAAUUUAUCUGUCAUACUGCCUCAUACUUGACCUUCCUCUUCCUCUUGCUCUUGGCCUCACAGCACAUUGUGCAAACUGACCUGCAUGUUCAGGGUCCACCACCCACCAUUGUGGAAUGGAUGAUCCUACCUUGGGUUCUGGGCUUUAUUUGGGCUGAGAUUAAAGAGAUGUGGGAUGGAGGCUUUACUGAAUAUGUUCAUGAUUGGUGGAACCUGAUGGACUUUGCUAUGAACUCUCUCUACCUAGCCACUAUAUCUCUCAAAAUGGUGGCCUACUUUAAGUACAACAGUUCCCGUCCUCGUGAAGAGUGGGAGAUGUGGCACCCAACACUGAUUGCAGAAGCGUUGUUUGCCAUUGCCAACAUCUUCAGCUCGCUUCGGCUCAUCUCACUUUUCACAGCCAAUUCUCACCUGGGUCCACUGCAGAUCUCACUGGGCAGAAUGUUGCUUGAUAUACUCAAGUUCCUCUUCAUCUACUGCCUGGUGCUCUUGGCCUUCGCUAAUGGUCUCAACCAGCUUUAUUUCUACUAUGAAACUGAGGCAGCCGAUGAGCCAAACCACUGCAAAGGCAUCCGCUGUGAGAAGCAGAACAAUGCCUUCUCCACGUUAUUUGAGACACUUCAGUCUCUCUUCUGGUCUGUGUUUGGUCUGCUCAGCCUCUACGUAACCAACGUGAAAGCUCGGCACGAAUUCACAGAAUUUGUUGGGGCCACUAUGUUUGGCACUUACAAUGUCAUCUCACUGGUGGUGCUGCUUAACAUGCUCAUAGCUAUGAUGAACAAUUCCUACCAGCUCAUUGCUGAUCAUGCUGAUAUUGAGUGGAAGUUUGCCCGCACCAAGCUGUGGAUGAGCUACUUUGAUGAAGGAGGGACGCUUCCACCUCCAUUCAACAUCAUCCCCAGUCCCAAGUCGAUGUGGUACCUGUGUGUCUGGCUGCACAGCCGUUUCUAUGGUCGAGGACAGCCUACCCCUGAGGAACAGCACAAACAUGACAACCUCAAAGAGUUCACGGAACGACAUGCUGACAGCCUCAUUCAGAACCAGCAGUAUCAGGAAGUGAUCAAAAAUCUGGUGAAAAGAUAUGUGGCAGCCAUGAUCCGCAGAACCAAAACCGAUGAAGGGCUGACUGAGGAAAACUUCAAGGAGCUCAAACAGGACAUCUCAAGUUUCCGAUACGAGGUCCUGGACCUGCUGGGCAACCGCAAGCCGCCACGCCGCACCUACUCCUCAAGCAGUGAGGCCACACAACCUGAGGCUGAGCAAGAAGAUGAAAAGGAAGAUACAGAGAUGAGGAACAGAGGAGCAAGGCCUGGAGGACAAGCUCAGUCAGGUUCUGUUUCAUUUGCCCAGGCAGACAAGAGAAAGCGUGAAGGCCAAUUUACAGUUUCAGCUCUAUUUCGCUCUAUGGCAGGUCUGGAGGAUGUGGAUGAUGGACUAAAAAGCAAUGGCUUGAAGAAAAACAGGUGGUCCCCUUCAUCAUUCGUGCGGACAAGUGGCCGCUUGCGGCACUUCUCACGCUCAAAAAAAGACUCACUGCGUCGUUUAGGAUCACUGUUUCGUCGUGUGAAUGGACACGUUGCUCAAUCACGCUUGAAGAGUCCCCAGCAGCAACAAACCUACAGCAUUUCAGAUGGGGUUUUGCAACCGCCAACGUCCUGGCGAGACCCCCAAGCACAGCCAGAGAACUGGCUGACAAGAAGCAGCAUGCACCUGCACAUGCUCGGAGGAGAAUCUGGUGCAAUAGACAAGAAUCAAACACCGUCAAUGUCAGAGCAGGCAAAUGAUACAGAUGAUCUCCUGCUAAGGCCCCCUGGUCUACACUGUGCUUCCAGCCUGACUGCCUCCAGUUCCCUCUUGCUCUCCUCUAGUGAGGAUCUGUAUCAGGGCUUGCCAGGGCCUUGUGAGAGCAUUGAUUCCUCUUAUUGGGAUCAGGAGGAGUCAAUCACCACACAGCUCUAAUUGGCUGCACAAAGAGUAUGCUGCCACGAUUGUGUUCAUAUCAGUACAGGCAUUGGACAGCACUUGUGUGUAUAUAUAUAUAUAUAUAUAUUUGCUUUUAUUACAUAAGCCUAUAAUUAGCAAAUAAGUAGUCUUUAAAUACUGUAUUGAGAAUGUUAAUGAUUCAGUUUCAGCAAUAUGAGAGUGCAUUUGAAUCAAUGACUCCUACUGCAAUGCUUUCUUUUUUGUUACAAGUACACAUCAAAUGCCAUUUGCACAUAUACUUUUAACAGCUACAUAUAGCCAUCAAUACAUCACUCACGUUAUUUAUUUAAUAAUGCUUCCCUGGCUUCUAAGGUGUUACAAGAAAUGUGCAUUUAUGAGCUUAACUAUAAACUCAACAAGAGUAGAAUUGCAUUUGGAAAGUAGGAAGAGUUUGGAAAGUAUCAUUUUAGGCUUUACCAACAUUGCCAAAGUGCCCUUAUACAAUUUUUCCCUUUGAGCCUUCAGAAGUAUAGCUCACUCCAAGUUCAGAGACUUUAAUUUUCCCUUAUAGUCAAAAGAUUAUCCAUUUGUCACUAUGCAGGAAAACAAGGGCAGAUUAAACACAAAGCCCCCAGGGCAAAAGCCAAAUUUCUGAUUAUAGAGAGGCAUGUAACCCUGACAUUUCAUGCAAAAUGCCACAUUUGGAAAAAAGCAUCUGAACAAUAAUGACUUGUGCAUGUACAUUUUUUUUUUUUUUA